AUGGCACAACCAGAAAAAUCACCUUCCCCACCCCCGCCCGUCCCAACACCACUCACCCCAGGUCCCCGCGCCACGGCCUUCACUACUCUGUACUCGAAAACGCUGACGGCGACACUCAAUGCUAUCUCGUACGAUGCGUUCGCGGCUUGUUUCCCGGAGAUUGCAAGGAAGGCGCCGGGUGCGUUGAGGGUUUUUCAUGGACAGUUUUUAGGGAGGUUGGAGGGGCUUGCGGUGGAAGAAUUCAACACCAUCCUCACGGAACGAAACGUCGUCUCCAACCUCAAUAAACUCGAAUCCAUCAUCUCAUCCGCGCGAUACCUCAAAACAACAGCUGAUUCCUCUUCUACAACCACCACCUCUCAACCUCCUCCUCCGCCACACACACUACCUCCCUCCGCCCUCCUAACCGCCCACCUCAAACCCCAUCUCGCGGCCCAGCAAUCACAUCUCAACGCCAAAUUGCAGACGGUGGAGAGCAUGAAUGCCACGCUAGCAGACGAGAUUGAGGGCCAGAAGAAGGAGAUUGAGAGGUUGAUGAGGGGUUUGGGGGGGUUGGUGGGGGAUUUGGAGGAUGCGUCGGUGGAGGUGGGUGGGAGAGGGCAGGAGUUGGCGGGGGAGGGGAGGGGGGUGGAGGGGUUGUUGGGGUAG